GAAAAAUUUUCAGAAAAUUCGUAUAUCAAUAUGAAUUCUCAUCAAAGAACUCAAACCAGGGAGAAAAAAUAUAAACACUUGGAGUGUGGGAAAGGCUUCAGUGAGAGUGGAAGUCUUACUGUCCAUCAAAGAAUUCACACAGGGGAGAAACUACAUAAGUGCCUGGAGUGUGGAAAAAGCUUCAGUCGGAAUAACUACCAUUCUUUCCACCAAAGAAUUCACACAGGGGAGAAACCAUAUAAAUGCCUGGAGUGUGGAAAAAACUUCAGUUGGAAUCACCAACUUUCUUCCCAGCAAAGAAUUCACAUAGGGGAGAAACUGUAUAAAUGCCUGGAGUGUGGAAAAGGCUUUAGUGACAGUGGGAAUCUUACUGUCCACCAAAGAAUUCACACAGGAGAGAAACCAUAUAAAUGCCUAGAGUGUGGGAAAAGCUUCAGUCGGAGGGACCACCUUUCGUCCCAUCAAAGAAUUCACACAGGGGAGAAACCAUAUAAAUGCCUGGAGUGUGGGAAAAGCUUCAGUCGGAGGGACCACCUUUCGUCCCAUCAAAGAAUUCACACAGGGGAGAAACCAUAUAAAUGCCUGGAGUGUGGGAAAAGCUUCAGUCGGAGGGACCACCUUUCGUCCCAUCAAAGAAUUCACACAGGGGAGAAACCAUAUACAUGCCUGGAGUGUGGAAAAGGCUUCAGUGACAGUGGAAGUCUUACUGGCCAUCGAAGAAUUCACACAGGGGAGAAACCAUAUAAAUGCCUGGAGUGUGGGAAAAGCUUCAGGUGGAAUGACAGCCUUACUUUCCACCAAAGAAUUCACACUGGGGAGAAACCAUAUAAAUGCCUGGAGUGUGAAAAAAGCUUCAUUCGGUGUUCCAAACUUACUUCCCACCAAAGAAUUCACACAGGGAAGAAACCAUAUAAAUGCCUGGAGUGUGGUAAAGGCUUUAGUGAGAGUGGAAAUCUUACUGUCCAUCAAAGAAUUCACACAGGACAGAAACUACAUAAAUGCUUCGAGUGUGGUAAAAGCUUUACUGACCCGGGAAAUCUUACUGUCCAUCAACGAAUUCACACAGGGGAGAAACCGUAUAAGUGCCUGGACUGCGGAAAAAGCUUUAGACAGAGUCACCAUCUUUCUUCCCACCAACGAAUUCACACAGGGGAGAAACCACAUGUACAGUAACUUCACUGGUGUGAGGCACAAAACACUUGCCAUCUCUCUAAGUUGUUGGUGUCUUUCAGAGGUUGACCCUGCUUUACAAAUGCUCUACUUUUAAAUCACAGGCACAGUAUGAUUUUCCCUCCUCUCCAGACAUAAGAGUGCUCCACUGAA